GUCACGUUGAGACAGAAACGAGUUCUUUGUUAACAGAACGUCCAACUCCUCCUGACCGACUCCCACAGACGAUGCCGUGAUGGAGCUGUCAGCGAUGGAGGACUGGUGGUCGGUGGCGGUGGGGGUUUUCCAGAUGUGGAUGUUUGUGGUGGUCUUCCUCAUCAUGCUGCCCGCCAUGUUCGGCCUCUCUCUGGGGGUCACCGGGGUCUACAUCCAGGUCCUGGUCCAGAUCCUGGAGUGGGCCACGUUACGGAUCCAGAGAGGACGGCAGCAGCAGCCCAGUGUUCCUGUUCCUCUGCCCAAUGGGAUCAUUGAGCGAGCGGGGGGUUCCAUGGAGGAGGGGAUGGGCCGGCUGAAGAGUUCGGGGUCUCUGGAGUUUUCUCUGAGCGACGCCUUCUACUUCUACCAGAAAGGUCUGGAGAGCAUCGUGGACGACCAGGUGACGCAGCGCUUCUCCUCCGAGGAGCUGGCCUCGUGGAACCUCCUCACCAGAACCAACCAGAACUUCCGCUACAUCAGCCUCCGCCUCACCGUCGUCUGGGGGGUCGGCGUCUUCGUACGCUACUGCGUCCUCUUCCCCCUCAGGAUCACGUUGGCCGUCAUCGGGCUCUCGUGGCUCGUGAUCGGAACCAGUCUAGUUGGGUUUCUGCCUGAGAGCAGUGUGAAGACGUGGCUCAGUGAACUCAUCCAUCUGACCUGCUACAGGAUCUGUGCCAGAGGACUGUCAGCCACCGUCCUCUACCACAACAAAGAAAACAAACCUCAGAAAGGAGGAAUCUGUGUGGCCAAUCACACGACGCCCAUCGAUGUGGUGAUUCUGGCCAACGACGGCUGCUACGCCAUGGUGGGUCAGAUCCACGGGGGUCUGAUGGGGGUCCUCCAGAGGUCCAUGGUGAGGUCGUGUCCUCACGUCUGGUUUGAGAGGUCGGAGAUGAAGGACCGCCACGCUGUGACCAACAGGUUGAGAGCUCACGUUGCAGCUAAGACCAAACUUCCCAUCCUGAUAUUUCCUGAAGGAACCUGCGUCAACAACACGUCCGUCAUGAUGUUUAAGAAGGGAAGCUUUGAAAUCGGAGGGACGAUUUACCCGGUGACCAUCAAGUAUGAUGCUCGCUUCAGCGACGCCUUCUGGAACAGCAGUAAAUACAACAUGGUGAGUUAUCUGCUGAGGAUGAUGACCAGCUGGGCCAUCGUGGUCAACGUGUGGUACCUCCCCCCCAUGACCCGACAGGACGGUGAGGAUGCAGCUCAGUUUGCCAACAGAGUGAAGUCUGCCAUCGCUCAUCAGGGAGGACUGCUGGACUUGGCCUGGGACGGAGGGCUGAAGAGAGACAAAGUGAAGGAGUCCUUCAAAGAGGAGCAGCAGAAGAAGUACAGCAGCAUCAUCUCUGGACAGGAAGUCCUCCAGGACAGCACACACUGAGUGUGUGUGUGUGUGUGUGUGUGUGUGUGUGUGUGUGUGUGUGUGUGUGUGUGUGUGUGUGUGUGUGUGUGUGUGUGUGUGUGUGUGUGUGUGUGUGUGUGUGUGUGUGAGUGUGUGUGUGAGUGUGUGUGUAGUGUGUUUCCACCAGCAGGUGGUGAUGUAUCACAACACAAUAAUCAGACGGUGUUACAACCAGCAGUGUUCUGAACUGAUGAACACUGAUGAUGACAUGAACUCUGUUGUUAUUAUAAAAAUGAUCAUUAUUAUCAUUAUAGUCAUUAUUAUUAUUAUUAUUAUUAUUAUUAUGAUUAUUAUUACUGUUAUUAUCAUCAGUGAGGUCACAGUCUGUGAGCGUCUCAGAUGUUUUUAGACCAAAUCUUCGUUGCUGCUCUUCUUCCUGUUUGAUCUCUGAGCAUUAAUGUUAUUGAUUGUAAAAUGUAUUUCAUUGUAUUUUAUUAUUAAGAUGGUUAUUGAGGUUUGAUUAUUUCUAAAAACCUCCAGCGUUUAUAUUUUUAAAUCUCAGCUGUGUUUCUGCUGAUUUUUGUUGUAUGGGGCAAUAACAAAUAAAAUCUACAU